GUCUUUCCUCGGAUCAAUUACCCUCAAGUCCUUGCCGUCUGUGACAACGUGGCUCGCAUCCUCCAGCCCGUUCGACCACGACGAGCAUCCCCACGAAAGGACGUCAUCCUUGUACCAUAUCGCCAACUCACCCACAACCGAUCCGUACGACCUACUCACCAGCAUCGCGACAUAAUCGACCGGGAGCACUUGCUUACUUACACCUGCCUAUGCGACCCGAACGACAUUGUCAUCACCGCCUCCGUUACCGCCAUUCACCUGCCUCGACCCUCCUGGUUCGAAUCGCAGGCCCACCUUGACGUCGCCCAUCAUGGCGAUACAUCGCGGCAUCCAAUCCGCCAUCUUCUUUUACCUCUCCUGUGCACCAUGCGCCGAAGCUCGCGUUCGACGGCAGAGGAAGGUGGACGCCAAGCGCGAUCGCCUGGAGCGACUGGCUCUGGAAGAAGAGAUGCCGGAUUUAUAUCGACACCCGUCGCCGUCGUCCACCAAUCCACAUUGGCAGACCGAGAUCGAAAUGGGUCCGACCCUGGUCGCGCGCGGAAAGCGGAGGACCAAUACCAACACGACACGUCUGGGUGGUAACAUGAGCGGGCAACCCAGCUCUGUCGACCUACCGCCUGGGAGCAGCUCGAGCACGCACGACAGCAAGAUCAACCUGCGCUUAUAUCAGCGCGAAGACGAGGCGUUAUGGGGCUCACAUGUGAAUCUUAAUGGGACGAAUGGGAGCGACGCAAGUGGACUUCGACGCCCGCCUCGCGCGCUCACUCGGGAAGCGGCCAUGGCUGGAAGCAACGAAUACCGUAACCCGGCGAUCAACGACCUACACCCAGCGACCGUGACACGGGUGACGAAUCGAGAUGAUGUGCUCUGGAUGAUGCAGCCAGUGCCGGUGGCGGAAGUCAUGAGCGGGAAGGAGGGUGCCGGUUCCAUCGGCGCGCGCAGCAUACGCAGCGACGGCGGAGCCAGCCGACGACGGACGCCCAAUGCCACCCCUCUCACGAAUCCCGUCAGUGAUCGCGUGGUCGACCAGGCCCUUCGCCUGGGAAGCCCGCCUGCGCUUGGUCUGACCCGCGAGAAUUCAAGCCGCGCGUCGAACCGCCGUCCUUCUACCUCCGGCCAACGUCACGAGAGGAACGCGGCGACCGUAGAGCGGGACUUUGCGUUUGUGUCAUCCUCGCCCAAAUUGCAAGCCCACCGACGGUCGCCGCCCCUUGCACCUCUUCCCGACGCGGACGAUUCUGGCUUCAUCACCCUCGGGGGACCGAUGCUCGGUGGCACCGAGGCAACAUCUUCAGCCUCGAGGGCGGCGCGCCGCAUGUCUACCACACCCAAAUUUUCGCCCCAACGAGAUUUACAACUAGACGGCGACCGAAAAGAGAUAAGCGGCAUGUCUCUCGACAACCAACAAUCGCACCAGUCCCGGUCACCGCGCCUGCAGCCUUCAGUGGAUCUGGGAAGUCCCCGGUUGCGACCCACCACGUCGGAUGCGAAUGGCCGCGGAGCAACCCGCGACUCCCACGACGAGAACUACACCGCCAAACAAAACACUUCUUCGAGCGACGAGCAUCCCAAUUCCAACAACGACACUUUACGAAUCCCUGGCGCCGCCGCCUCCCCACGUCUCCUGCACUCGACAUCCCUCAAAACCCUCUCGCCGACCGCGAACGCCGGCGGGCCGCCCGCACUGCUGCACGCCGCCAUCUACACGACCGGCGGGAGUCCGCGCAGCAGCGGCGGCCGACAAGGACAACGGGGCCCGCCGUCCACCCCGCGCGCCGAAGCCCACGGCGACGAGGACGAGGAUCGGUCCGUGACGUCCCGGGCCUCGCCCGCGGACGAAGCCAUCUUCGCCAGCUGGCAGAGCCCCGAGGUGGAGCUGCCGAAGUGGAUCCUCGAGCACACGCGCCGGGAGGGCGUCAAGGAGAGGUGGUCGAUGGACCUUUGAGAGAGCCCGAUGGUGAAUGAAGAUCGCAGGGUUCAAAUGGCUCAAGCGCCUCUCUCUCUCUCUUCUCAGAUCGACGGCAGUCCUCCCUAUUGCAUCGGGGGUUCUCCUCCCC